AUAAAAGCACACAUACUAUAUUUACAGCCCAAGCAUCUCUUUCUGAGUCUCUGUGUGUGUGGCUGUCUAAUCAUCUCUUUCUCUCUCCAAAGUUUUGUUCCAAACAUGAGUAGUGAGCAGGUUCUCUCAGUUGAAGUUACAGAAAAUAACGCUGGCUCAUUUCCUAUAGGUGUUCGAAUCUUGGUUGUGGAAAGUGAUCCUACAUGCCUCAGAAUUGUGUCAAAAAUGCUUCAGGCAUUUGGAUAUGAAGUCACAACUGCUACACGAGCCACUGAUGCAUUGCGCAUUUUAAGGGAGAAAGAAGAUGAAAUUAACCUGAUUUUGACAGAAACUCAUUUGCCUGAUAUGGAUCAAUACGAGAUCCUUGAGACUGUGGGAAAAUUGUCUUCUUUACCCAUUGUUGUUUUUUCAGCUGAUAACAAUGAGAGCGCUAUGUUAGGCUGCCUGUAUAAAGGGGCUGCACUUUAUCUUAUGAAGCCAGUCAUCAAGAACGAUGUAAAAAACCUUUGGCAGUUAACAUUUAGAACAAAAAUAAAGAAAGCUGUAUCUGGUGAAGGAUCAAACAGCUUUCAUGGGGGGUCAUCAGAGGAGAAUGCUUCAAGUUUGACUGGAGGGAACCCAUCAAGUACCAUGGGGAUGACUGAUCAAAAGGGAAAAAGAAAGGAGCUAGAAGAGACAGACAAGGAUGACAAAGAUAAUAAGAAUUUGACUGUUCCAAAGAAGCAAAAGCUUGUUUGGACUAAUGAGCUGCAUAACAGAUUCUUGCAAGCUAUCAGGAUAUUAGGCAUUGAUGGUGCCCAUCCAAAGAAAAUACUUCAGCACAUGAAUGUCCCAGGGCUAAAGAAAGAAAAUGUUUCAAGCCAUUUACAGAAAUAUCGUCUUUACUUGAAGCGGGAACAAGAUGCAAUGCAGAAGACCAUGAUUAGAGAUUGCCAUCCUUCAUCAACUUUUAAUCUACAAGGAGGGUUCUCCCAAUACACAAACUCUCAAUUCUUCAUGACAGCAUCUCAAUCAGAAUACAGAAACAAUUUCCAGAAUAAUCUCAGUAGUCCCAUGUCUGCUCAUUCCCUUGGUUCUGUGCAUUCUCCUACACAUGUGAACUCAAACUAUAAUGGCAUAUUGAUUCCUAACUAUGGGCAAGUGGCUUCACAAAGCAAACAGCUAUACACGUCUUACCCCAAUUCCAAUCAUACUGAAAUUAUGACUGUUACUGAUGGGAACUUUUCAAGUUUUGGUCAGAAGGGAAAUCAUAGUGUGGAAGAACAUCUCAAUCAAGGAACCGCUCUGUCCAAUAUCGGAACUCAUGGCCCAACAUUCCUGGGCAACUCUCAGCAGCAGGUUCAGUUUCCAUUGCCACAGCCUCAACCACUGCCAGAGAAAGAAGAUGAAUCUGACAUUCUUGAUAUUGCAACAGUGGAAGAGCUUGAGUUGUUGUUGAUGGAAAAAGAGUUCCUUGAAGAUCCUAAUAAUGAUCUCUGGCUUUGAAGUGGCCCUCGACUCCAAAGUUGGCUUUGGUGCUUUAUAACAUGGAGAGCAAGAUCCCUGAAAACUUUGAAUCUGGUCACGGGUGACUGACGACGCAGCAGACACUGGCCAAAGGGUUUCAAUUGUUGGAGACGUUAUCUGAAUUUGACUGUUUGCUGAGGCAUUUAGUUUUACAGUUAAUAAUCUGUUAAAAUACUGUUAUCUGGUUGCUUUUUCCUUGUUUGCAAUGCCAAUAAAUUAAUAACUGUCUGUUGUUAUUUUGUUGCUCCUUUCCUGUUUGCAAUGUCAUAAACUAAUCUCCCUGUGUGGCGAUUUUUUUUUUUUUAAAUAACUGGAUAUUUGUAGC